AUGUUUAAAUUUGUGAGUGGAGCAUUUUUAAUUCUUUUCAUUCCAACGUAUACAUUUGCAAAUGUUGUUGAGGGUUGGAAUGAUCCAGGCCCACGGAAUGUAAGACCAGGUCCAACAAUUCGUAUUCAACAAGGACUUAUACGAGGUGAAAUUGAGUUUUAUGAUAUAUUUCGAAGUCACAUAAGCUACAAAGGCAUUCCUUACGGUCAAGCUCCUGUUGGUGAAUUAAGAUGGCGUGCACCUAAACCUGCGCAAGGUUGGAAUGGAAUUCGUAGUGGAAGUCUGUUCGGCCCAAACUGUCCACAAAUUGGCUCGCCAAUCAUAGGCACAAGACAAAUGUUUGUCACACAUGAAGAUUGCUUAUACAUUAAUGUAUUCACUCCCAAUGAAAGAAAUUUAAGAAAUUUACCGGUGAUUUUUCAUAUUCAUAUGGGCGGAUUUCAUGGUGAAAGCGGAGACGGAAAUUUGAACUCUUGGAAGUUCUUUCCGAACGAAGGCAUCAUUUAUGUGACGUUCAAUUAUCGUUUGGAUGUUCUCGGUCAUUUGAACACUGAAGAUGAACAUGCAACUGGAAACUAUGCAUUGAAGGACAUUCUUUUGGCAUUAAAAUGGGUGCAGAACAACAUUGAAGCUUUUGGUGGUGACAAGGAAAAUGUUGUGUUAAUGGGUCCAUCUAUUGGAGGUGUUGUUGUUCAAGCCUUGAUUCUUUCCGAACAUGCUCGUGGCCUUUUCCACAAAGCAAUAUCAAUGGGUGGAUCAUUAUUUCAAACUUUUGCUAUUCGUCCAAAUCCAAAAGAACGUGCAGAGUCACUAGCAAGAAGUUUAAACAUUAAUUGGACGGAUAGCAAAGACAUGGUGACGCAAUUACGACAAGUGUCGUCAGAAAGAUUAAUUAAUGCAACAUUCAAUUUCUUCCCAACUCAAAUGCCAACAUUGUUUGUUCCAAGAAGUUUUGUGCCUUCAAUUGACGCGCCGUCGACUGAUGAAAUUAAGAUUUUGCCUCAAAGUCCUGACAUUUUAGUAAGAAAUGGAACUUUUAAUGAUGUUCCAUUGCUUGUUGGCUUCAAUAGCGUUGAGAGUAUGACCAACAUGCUUUUCCCUGAUGGCAUAACAAGAUUUAAUGAAAAUCCAAACUUGCUGAUUCCUGACGCGUGGCAAAUUGAAGCAAACAGUCAAGAGGCUAAUGAAAUCAUCAAUGGGAUAAGAAGAGUUUACUUCAAUGGUUCUGAUGUCAUUCGACCUGAUAUGCUAUGGCAAUGGACACAAUUUUGUUCAGAUCGUGAGCUUAUUUUUGGUGUUUCAAAGUUGAUUGAUUUUCAUUACAAAAGGCAACCAGUUUACUAUUAUCGAUUUAGUUAUUCUGGAUCGCUUAGCUUCAGUCAAAUUCUCUUUGGUUUAGCUCAAUAUCCAGGAGCGACGAUGUUUGAUGAUCAGAUGUAUUUACAUCGAAUGAAUCGAUUUGACCUUCCCGUUCCAAGAACUGAUCAUGCUUUCAUUGUAAGACGACGAUUUAUAAGAAUGAUAAGAAAUUUUGCUUUUCAUGGAAAUCCAACUCCAAGUAGAGAAAUUUUAUUGCAAAAUAUUCGAUGGCCUCAAGUGUCCGAUAAUUUAGAUUUUGUUGAUAUUGGACAUGAUUUAGUUGUUGGAGUGCAUCCAUUUAAGGAUAGAAUGGACAUGUGGCGUGAUUUUGACCGGAGAUUUAAUAAAUUUUGA